AUGUCCGUGGAACAAGGGAAUACAAAUAGAAACGAUGUUUCAGGUUUCUGCCUCUCUGACCUACUACAAAUGGAAACCUCUCCAAGUUAUAGUUGCUUGUCAAACGAAAGACACAAUCUUUCUUCUAGUCCUCAAAGAAGAUUGGAAAGUCUACUAGUUGAACGAGGCAAUAGAUUUUGUGCAGAUUGUGGAUCACCUGAACCAAAAUGGGUAUCAUUCAAUUUUGGAGCUUUUAUAUGUAUCAAGUGUUCUGGAGUUCACAGAAGUCUGGGGGUGCAUAUCACAAAGGUUUUAUCUGUGAAACUUGAUGAAUGGACAAAUGAGCAAGUUGAUACUUUGAUUAGUAUGGGCGGAAAUACUGCUGUAAACUUGAAAUAUGAAGCUCUUCUUCCAGAAAACUACAAAAAACCAAAACUAGAUUCAUCCAUUGAAGAACGCUCUGAUUUUAUUAGGAGAAAAUAUGAGUUACAACAGUUUUCUAAUUGUGAUGAGCUGAUGUAUUGCACCUUGCCAUCGCCAUCCUCAUCCUAUUGCAAUUCCGUAAGUUGUAAUUACACUUUAGAGAAAAGACAAUAUGAGAAGCAAACAACCAGUAACCGUAUCCAUGGUUUGGGUCAAGCAUUCCGUAAUAGUUGGAGAAGAAGUUCCGAACAAAGAUCCACAAAGAAGAGUAACUCAAUGGCAGGUAUGGUCGAAUUUAUAGGACUAAUAAAGGUAAAUGUGGUUAGAGGCACGAACCUGGCUAUUCGAGAUAUGGUGACGAGUGAUCCUUAUGUCAUCCUCUCACUAGGGAAUCAAUCAGUAAAGACACGGGUUAUAAAGAAUAACCUGAAUCCAGUAUGGAAUGAAAAGCUAAUGUUGUCAAUUCCAGAAAAUGUUCCUCCUCUGAAAUUGCUUGUAUAUGACAAGGAUACAUUUACAACGGAUGACUUUAUGGGUGAAGCUGAGAUCGACAUUCAACCUCUAGUCUCUGCUGCCAAAGCCUUUGAGUCUUCCAUACUUCAUGAGCCUAUGCAACUCGGAAAGUGGAAAGCAAGUAGAGAGAACACCCUUGUAAGAGAUGGUAUUAUUUCCUUAGAUGAAGGUAAGGUGAAGCAAGAAAUAGCACUUAAGCUCCAAAAUGUUGAAAGAGGAGUGUUGGAAAUUGAACUUGAAUGUGUUCCUCUUACUCAAUAG